AUGGGCUGUGUUCAGAGUUGUUUCGAAGAUGACCGGUGUGUUUUGUUCAGAUUUGAAGACAAUGGAAACUGCUCUACGUUUUGUGACACGGGCAUGGAUAAAGGAGUCACACCGGAGUAUGGAAGUGAUGCGAAUGUUACUACAGCAAAAGCAAUAGGUGCAUGCCCGAAGCCGCCCGCUCUACCCAAUGGACACGUCGUCUACAAUUCACGGAGGGUCAACAGCGUGGCUAACUACAGCUGUAACGAAGACUUCAAGUUUUUUGGACUUAGUCUGAUGAGUGUUUGUGACGUGACUGGAUCGUGGAAUGUCCUAAACGGGUCCUGUGCAAGAGUUGCUUUUUACAACGUGACCUUGGUGUUCAUAUCACUUAUUCCUGAAAUUGUCAGACCUGGAUGGAAGGUGGAAAUAUUUGGCACGCCCCUUAAUGAAUCAAGAAUGUCAUUCAACCUGGAGUGCGGUAUAGUUUUUGUAGCACUACAUUUCGAUGUCCGGUUCCAGCAUAAGAGCUACAGAAAUAUAGCACUGCGAACAAGCAGGACAGACGGUGUUAAAUGGGACAGGCGAGAUGUCGACCAACCAUAUUUCCCGUUCGCCGUAGGAAGGCCGUUUAACUUGACAAUUCAAGUGACUGCAUCUGGAUUUGAUAUGUACGUCGAUAACGACUGGCAUGUUUUCCGGAACCACUCCACCGACCUGACACGCAUUGGUCGAUUUAUCAUCAAGCGUGGAGGCGUCAUCCAGUCUGUGAAAUUCUUCAACUGACGAGAGAAAAAUCCAACGGCCCUUAUAAUUAGCACAUGACUAGUUUUUAUGGAAGUCAAGUCAGUUGGUUUUAGUAGUAGUAGUAGUAGUAGUUUAUUUACUUUAAGCCGCGUGGCUCAUAAGCAUACAAGUAUAUACAAUAUUGUAAAUCAUAUAUUACAAUACAUGUCAUUUCAACUUAUUUUCGUGCUUAUAUUCAAUUAAGGUUCAAGCACGCUGUCACGGGCACACACCUCAGCUAUCUGGACAGUGGGUUUGUUGUUAGGUGGUUAGUGAGAGAGAAGAGGGUGUAGUGGCAUUAUACCUACCCAAUGAGCCCUUGAGAACUCGCUCAUGGUUUGAGCCGUUACCGGGAUGCGAACCCUGUAUCUACCAGCCUGCAGUCCGAUGGCUUAAACACUGAACCAAGGAAGCCUGUUUCACAUGCACACUGAGAACAAGCUGUUAGAGUGCACGCCCGUUUUAGGCGUUUGGCAAUUAAAUACUUGUCUGUACAUUAGGUAGCUAUGCCUUGUCGUUUCUAUGGCCAUGCUGUUCACUGAACACGAAUCCGGUGCCAUUGUUAGUGUACGACCGCAUUUUAUAUUUGGGACUUUAACUUACCCAAAAUGGCUGCCGAAUGUCAUCUCAUUUCGUGUAUUUUGUAGCUUUUAGAUCCUACACCCAUGUAAUAUAUCAAUAUAUGUCAAAACGACACUUUCACACAACAUAUACUUCAUACUGAGGUAUUUCCUGUCUAAGCGACUAAAUUAAAAUACAUUAUGGGUAAUAAAUAUGCCUUUAACUAUAUAUGUAUACAAUGUUUAUUAUAUAACAUUUAGUAAAAUGUCUUAAAAUAUCAGUGCAAUAAAAGUGUUAACGGUCACUCAGUGACAAUAACACAUUUUAGAGUGAACAUUUCACUAUUUUACUCUAAAAUGUGUUAUCGUCAAUGUAGAAAGUGUUAUCUUCACUGUAACAAAGCAGGAACUACUUUGCUGCUACGAUUUUAAAAAUAAAGUUAAAUUACCAAAUGUUAUAUAAUAAAUAGCAAAUUCCAUAUCCUCUGUUUAUUUCAUGUAUUGAUUACCUAAAUGCACACCAGAAUUUACUAUAUAAUAUGUAUUUAUGCAUUCUUUAUUUAAUACCAUGUUAUUGAAUAUAUGUACUGUCUAAAUGUUCUAUACAUUCAGAUAUACUUAACACUUACAUCGAUAAUGUUAUAUGUCGUAAUGUGUAGACACAGGAAUAUCUGUUUGCAGUAUGUGCGUAUAACUUACAUGCAUCUAAAUAGCUUAUCACUGUAUGCAAAAUUAUACAAGCGUUAACAAUGUCCAGUACCAUGAGGUACAUUUCUACACACACAAUACAAAGACGCUACAACUAUUUCAUGUGCACAUUGCAUGAUGUUCUUAAAAGGUGUAUAUUAUAUAUUUGACUGAUAAAAUAAACUGCUCAUAUCUCUCUCUCUCUCUCUCUCUCUCUCUCUCUCUCUCUCUCUCUCUCUCUCUCUCUCUCUCUCUCUCUCUCUCUCUCUCUCUCUCUCUCUCUCUCUCUCUCAGACCGACCACGCAUCGAGCGGGUGCUUUACCACUGGGCUACUUCCCGGCCCCUCAGACCCUAGGUUCAAGCCAUACAAAUGGAUACUAAGUUUGGUUACGUUACAGACCCGUAACACAUGUUAAUGACGUUACAAGAGAGUGAAACAAGCCGUAUAAAUGGAUACUAAGUUUGGUUACGUUACAGACCCGUAACACAUGUUAAUGACGUUACAACAGAGUGAAACAAGCCGUAUAAAUGGACACUAAGUUUGCUUACGUUACAAACCCGUAACACAUGUGAAUGACGUUACAAGAGAGUGAAACAAGCCGUAUAAAUGGACACUAAGUCUGGUUACGUUACAAACCCGUAACACAUGUGAAUGACGUUACAAGAGAGUGAAACAAGCCGUAUAAAUGGACACUAAGUUUGAUUACGUUACAAACCCGUAACACAUGUGAAUGACGUUACAAGAGAGUGAAACAAGAGUCUUUGAAGUUGAAACGGUAAAAUGCAGUUAAAAAUAGAGCAAAACUCAACUCCAUAACUGUUAUUUCUCUGUUACUACUGCAUUUUGCGGUAUUAUAAACACAAGGAAGACCAGACAAACUCCGGUUGUACGGAAAUGGAUAAUCUAAAUAAUAGAAUAUAAGUAAAGUUUCAUUUGAGUGAUCAUAAACGGCACUAAUAGUGAACGAUAUGCCUAUAGUAUUUAAAAACUAGGGUAUGCCCCUUUAAACAACCACAAAAUAAACACGUAAUAGUAUUAUGCGAACCUCUGACUGUAUUUGAAAAUGAGGGCGGGGAUGGGGCGAAUGUCUAUGGAAGAAAAUACAUGUAUAUGUGUGCCCGAACCUGUUUGCAUGCUUCCCGAAUUUGAAUUUCGGUUGUUAAAAAUACCAUAUUCGAAUCCUUCUGAUACGUGGGUGGUCUGCCUGGUCAUAACAUGGUGUGCCGCGUCGUGUUCAAUGCUGCUAAUACCUUCAAUACUGGAGGUGCCCUUUUUAAAGGUUGCCGCUGAUUAGUAAUGUAAUGGAAAAUGAACCGAAACUAUUUAAUAAUAUUUAAUUUUAGUUUUGGGGUUUGGUUUAAAACAAAGUUGUAAUUUCCAUCCUGCUGAACAAUAGUUGUCUUACAAGCGAAACUUUCUUCAGCCAUUCAGCAAUCGCUAACGUUUAUUUUAGACACGCCCGUGGUCUAACUAUAGGAUAUGUCACGGGCACGUGGUAUGAUAAUUCUGAAUUUAUAGACUAGAGCUCACAUCAAGGUACUAACACGUUUCUCCGAGAAUGAAAACUCACGAGUUUAUUGAAACUGUAGAUGUGUUAGAGAGAGAGAUAGAGAGAGAGAGAGAGAGAGAGAGAGAGAGAGAGAGAGAGAGAGAG